UGCACACCAGUUACUCAAAACACAACUCUGUGUAUUGUAUUUUUGUAAUGGACAAUUAUUGCAGCUGGGAGUAGUGGCUGUGAGAUUAGUCCUCAUUCCCUCUCCAUCCCCCUUGCCCUGGCGCCUGAGAAACAGAGCAUCCCCAUGGCAACAGCGGCAGCUGGUCCCUUGAUAAGAGAGCUGGAGCCAGGCAGCCUCAGCCACUGCCUGCAGAGCUGGCCCAGCCUGGGGAGCAAGCUCACCCUUCCCAUCUCUCACCCCUGCGGCCCAGCGCCUGCCUUGAUUGUGCUGGAGAAGAAGCCUCCACACCAGCCCUCCUUUGAUGAUGUCCACCGAGCAAAUGCAGCCACUGGAGCACUCAGAGGACAGACUGGACAAGCUUGAACCUCGUCGUAGCCACUUAGAUGACCUGUCAGACCAGUUCAUUAAGGACUGUGAUCUCAAAAGGAAGCCAAGAAAGGGGAAAAAUGUUCAAGUCACUCUGAAUGUUGAGUCAGACCAAAAAAAACCCAGGCGGAAAGACACGCCAGCCUUGCACAUCCCGCCUUUUAUACCAGGUGUGCUUUCAGAACAUUUAAUUACAAGAUACGAUGUCCAAGAGAGACAUCCAAAGGGCAAAACAAGUCCAGCUCUUCAUAACACUGACCUGGAACAGAAAAAGCCAAGGAGAAAAGACACACCUGCCCUGCACAUGUCCCCCUUUGCAGCAGGUGUGACACUGCUCAGGGACGAGAGGCCCAAAGUGAUCAUGGAAGAUGACGAAAAGGAUAGUGACAAGAUAGCUAUUUAAAGAUAUUUCCCCUGAGACCACAUGUAAAUAGGUUAGAUUGGUUCCCUAUGGUGACCUAGAAAAAAAUAGACUUGUUUCUGCUCUCAUUUUGUCAUAGGCUGCCUUUAAGAUCCAGCCGCUCUUACCCCAUGAGACACAGGAUAUCAGAUUGCUGGUCACCUCUUUGUCUUUCUUCUUCCUUGAAUUUGGUUUUUAUGCCUACCUCUUGAAUUUUCAUUUUGUAAUGCAGUGGAAAGGAAUCAGGCAGUCCCACAUUAGGAGAGAGCAGGGAAAACUCUAGUGUUCAGUUUUCACAUAUUCUGGAUAGUGAUGGACUAAAGAGCAAAGAUCCCAUGGAGAUCCUUUAUUUCUUGGUUCAUGCUGAUGGACAGACCUUGGCUAUGUGUCAUCCAAACACUACUCCAGUGGGGCUCCCAAUGACCAGCUAGGGAGCUAAAAAUAUCUGGGUUCUAACCCACUGGAUAACAUGGCUUUUUAAUCUCUCUUAUUCUAUCUCAAAUCCAAACUGUGACAAUCCUAAGAUCCUUGUGUUGUAACCAACAUCUCAAAAGUGAACAUGUGAGCUGGGGGAGCCAACCCAGUCACCUAUACCCUGGAAAUAAAGACCAGAGGUAGAGCAUACUAGCCUCUCUUGGGAACUUCACAGUGCAUCCCAUUCAUUUUUAUUUUGUAAAUAUUUCUUAAUCACGUCCUGAAAUUUGUGAGUUUGGUCACAAGUAAACUGUCACAAAGGACAGAUGAUAUACCCAGGUUUGUGAUGACUUUCCGUUUAAGAAAAUUCACAAUCUUAGCAUUCCCACUCAUUUAGACCCCAGGAUUCCUUCUUGGGCUGCAGAGGAAGAUGUGAUCUUAGCUAGUUGGCAAGGGUCUAUCUAGAAUGCCUGCCCCAACCUGGGUGUCUUGGGAUAGUUUUGCACAAGGGCCUUGUCCACCAGGUUCUCACCUGUCUCCAGGCCCAUGGGGGUACGUGAGACUAUUUCUCAGAGGAAGGGAGGUGGCUAUUCAAGCAGAUCCUGCCUGAAAGUGGUAACAUGGAAGCUCUGUCUAGCCCCUGCUGCAACAGCUGAAUUCCUCUGUCUUUCUGUCCUCCACAUAAAGAUAGAAAAUAUACUGGGCCUUACUGGUGAUGAAGAUACUCUACACAAAUCUCUGUGUCCUUUAUGUCUAUUUACUCAAAAUUAUAGAGUUGAAGUUGAAAAACACAUUCACU